ACGAGCGCCGAGCUGCACAGUCACUGAACGUCCCGCACUCGGCGGAAACGGACUUCCUUUCAGUUUUGUUUUGUCGAAGAGUGCUUCGCGCUACUCCGUUUUGGGAGUAGAUGUGAACCCGCGCCGACCUCCCGCGUUUCGCACGUGAGGGAAUAAACUCCGUGCGCGCGCUGUGUGUCUGCGUGAUUUCGUCACGUGCAUGUUGUGGAGCGACAGGCAGCUCCUCCGGGAUCGGGAGCAUUUUUCUGGACCAUCGCAUAAUGGCGUAAGAAAACAGAGCAAGAACACCCUGCCGCUGUCCCUGUCACAAGAGCCCGUCAGUGCUCACAUGACUCCAGACAGGUGUAUGUACGCCCAGUCCCCAGAGUUUUAAGGAAGAUCCUGUGAAAGCUGGUCAUCAACAUGUACCAGGUGGUAGUGGCUGGGGCAGAAAGCCCUAACGUGGGUCCUGUAGGCGGUGUGCCAUCCAAACAGAAGAAGCUGGGAAGAGAAGGUCGUCAUCUGAUGGGAGCCGGUGUUCUUGGGCUGCUCCUGGUGAUUGCAGCUGUGGCAGCCUGGUGCUACUACACAGCUUCUCUGCGUAAGGCUGACCAGCUGAAGACAGAGCUGCUGGACCUCAGAAGAGAUGGUUUCACCAUUCGCAACCAGACGGGAGCUGUAGUGUUUCGCAUGGCCUUCAGGUCAGGAGCGCUUGACCUGGAUUCAUGCACAAACACCAGAGUGAUGCUUAACUGUGAACGGUCGAAUGUGGGGCCACUCAACUUCUUCAUUCAGGUGGUGAGGCCCAGGGACACAGUGAUGUGCUACCGGGUGCGCUGGGAGGAACUGGUAGCUGGUCAGCCAGUGGAGCAUGCCAUGUCCUACAACGGUUCACAUUGGUAUGGCGGGGCUGAAAGUGCCUCUCAACAUUGGCCUAUCCUUUUAGCAGGACAACAGGAGCCUGAGCCCUUUGUCACCAGUGACAUCAACUCGAACCGGCAACAAUUUGGUGGCAUCCUGGAACGUUACUGGCUCUCCUCCAAUGCUGUAGCUAUCAAGAUCAAUGACUCCGUGCCAUUCCACUUAGGAUGGGACGAUAUAGCGCAAACCAUGCGUUUCCAGGCCAGGUAUCAGGACACCCUGUAUAAACCACUUCCAGGGCAGGAGCCACUGGCAGAGCUGAGCUACCGAGUGUGUGUGGGCUCCGAUGUCACCUCCAUCCAUAAGUAUAUGGUCAGGCGCUACUUCAACAAGCCCAACAAAGUUCCUUGUGAGGAUGUGUUCCGUCACCCCAUCUGGUCCACGUGGGCUCUGCACAAGACCAGCGUUGACCAGGAGAAGGUGCUGACAUAUGCAGCCAACAUCCAAAAGUAUAACUUCAACUGGAGCCACCUGGAGCUGGAUGACCGCUAUACAAGCAAAUAUGGGGAGUUUGAGUUUGAUCCAGUAAAGUUUCCCAAUGCCACCGCCAUGUUCCAGAAACUGAAGGCCAGUGGUUUCCGGGUGUCCCUGUGGACACAUCCCUUUGUUAACUAUGACUCGGCCAACUUCGGUGUAGGUGUGAAAAGGGGGUUUUUUGUGCGGGAGCCCACCGGUAAACUGCCAGCGUUGGUGAGCUGGUGGAAUGGUAUUGGUGGCAUCCUUGAUUUCACCAACCCAGAGACCCGCGACUGGUAUGCCUCACAACUGCGGGCUCUUAAAUCAAAAUAUGAUGUGGCCUCCUUUAAGUUUGAUGCUGGGGAGACUAGCUACCUGCCCUGGAAGUUCAGUUCCCUGGUCCCUCUGCAUGACCCUAGCACCUUCACCCGUCGUUACACUGAAAUGGCUAUCCCCUUCAAUGACCGCGCCGAGCUUCGGGUGGGCUACCAGUCCCAGAACAUCUCUUGCUUCUUCCGUCUCAUUGAUCGUGACUCCGUCUGGGGCUAUGAGCUAGGGCUUAAAUCCCUCAUCCCCACAGUGCUGACCAUCAGCAUACUGGGCUACCAGUUCAUCCUGCCGGACAUGAUUGGCGGCAGCGUGCACCCUAAUCACACUUACAGUAACGGACAGCUCCCAGACCGGGAACUAUACAUUCGUUGGCUGGAACUUUCAGCUUUCAUGCCAGCCAUGCAGUUCUCCAUCCCACCCUGGGAGUAUGAUGACAAAGUUGUCCAGAUUGCCCAGAAGUUCACUGCUCUGCAUGAGACCCUUGUAGCCCCCCGUGUACUGGAGCUGGCUGGAGAAGUGGUGGACACGGGGGACCCAAUCAUACGGCCCUUGUGGUGGAUUGCCACUCACGAUGCGACUGCUUACAAAAUUGACUCGCAGUUCUUGAUAGGAAAUGACCUCAUGGUGGCCCCAGUGCUUGAGCCUGGCAAACAAGAGAGAGACAUCUACCUCCCAGCUGGAAGGUGGCAGAGUUACAAAGGGGAGUAUUUUGACAAGGGUCCUAUGUACCUUACGGACUACCCUGUAGACCUGGAUGAGAUUGCUUAUUUUGUGUGGACACAGUAAGGUAGAAAUUGAGCUACCAAGGAUGUAAAUUCCCCCCAUUUUGUCUAACGUUGACAUUGUGAAAUCUGUUUUAGAGGGCACAAUAGGUCUACUCGGUUUAUUUUCCUCCUCAAUUUAAAAAUUGAUUGAGAAUGUUUUUAACUGCUAUAAUUUGUUGGAUCUGUGCAAUAUCUGAACAUCCUUAUCUAAGACUAUCUCAGGCAGUUUUCAUGUUGGUCUAAUUUAUUUGCAGUUGUUUGAAAUACAGAUGCAUUUAAUGACUUCCAUUAACAUCCAGUAUACCUCUGAAUUGAAUACUGGAGAACUUUAUUAAAGAUACUUUGCAUGUUGUGAAGAUUCUACUUUUAAGAAUGUGUUUUACUCCUGAACAAUAAUGUUACUACUCAUCACAAGAGACAAUACUGUCCUUGAAUUUACUGCAGUGCCUCUCCAUGUACCUUUUUAUGUUCUUGUAAAGUGGGGUUCAAGUAACAGAAGAUUGUGCUUUGCACGCUUUCUUUCCAAGCACUUGAUGGUUUUUAUGUUUUCACGCAAUGUUAUCAUUGGCGUAACCACCAUAAUCUCCCACCUCUGCCACUGCUGUACAGAUCACUUUACAGGCCUGAACAGUUCCAGUACCACACAGAACUUGUAGGACCACUCUGAGGCCCUGGUGAUCUCGAUUAGCGUCAGCUGUAUGUUAGUUUACUAUUAUGUUGCUAUAAGCGUUAUUGAAGUUUAUGUAACAUUCUGUCAGCUGCAACACUGUCCGUGACCCCUUAUUUUGAUUCCCCUCCCCCCAGUUACGUAAAUUGGUUUUCUGGAAAUUCAAGGGAGAUGCUCUCAGGGAAGUUAGAUUGUGGAAACGCGUUGCUUCAGAAGCUAGUGUUAAUGUUUUUCUGGAGCAGUAUAUUAAAGCUAUUUCCAUGAUCAUGUAAACAGGUCAUGCAGAGUCAGUAACACAGAAGACCAUUAUCUGAACAGCCUUAAAAAAAGAAAGUUUGUCAUUUGUUGAUUGCAACCACCAUAUAACAUUUUUUGUGCACAACUAAAAAUCCUGUUACGUUUUAUCAUCCAUUAAGUUAAAGCACACCAAGGCUAUAAUAAGGGAUAACAAAAUGCUGCACAUUGUGCAAGCUGUUCUUUAAAUGAGGUAAUUUUUUGUAAGGUUUUAUCAGUAACUUCAAAGUUCAUCCAAAGUGUAUGUGUCUGUGGGUUACUACUCAUAGAUGGGAGUUGCCUGUAAAUCCAUCCGGCUUCCAACCACAUGUUGAAUCAUCAGUAACAGUGCAGUUAGUAUUUGGUGUAAUGGCCCAUGAUUUUACUCCUUGAAUUGCAAGAAGGGUGACAUUCCCAGGAACACUGGACAAGGAACUGCACAUAUUGUUUACUUCUGCUUUGCUCCAUGCACCAUAUGUGCACUUUUUUUUUUUAUUACUGACUGCUCCUAAGGGACCUUCCGAAGUACAAUAGUACAAAAAUAAAUGUGUACUGUAAUUGUAAGUACUAUAGAAGCUUCCUGAUUUGUCUG